AUGGCCUCAUUAAUAGUUCAACUUGUCGUUUUUAUGUGGUGGGCCUCAGCGGUCGCACUCAGCUACAGUUUUCGACCUGAUAACCACGACACUUGGAAGAAUAACCGGAUCCCAUCCCAAAUUAAUCUAUCUCAAGACCAGAACAGCGGAUCUUACUGGAGCAGCACCUUUGUCACCACCACUACCGGGCGGCAGUUCCUCCUCAUCCAUCACCAGUUCAGUACCUUUUGCAAGUCUUCGGUCCUGGACCUCAAGACUCUCAAGUAUUUGAAGAAUGUGCAACAUUGUGAAGUCAACAGCGCAUCCAAGACGGUGCUCUCGGACUCUUUGAGUAUUCAGUUCCCAGACUUUUCGUUUGAUGGCGCUGCUCCCGACAAGAUCUCUCAGAUGCAGCUGUCUGCCACGGCACCCCAAUACUCAUUCAACUUGACUGUCGAGGGCAGAACGUCCAAAGUUCUGUUGAACGGGGGCAAUGGUGUUAUUGCCUGGGGACCGAACUACAACACUUGCUCGCACUGGUCAAUUCCCGCCGCUCGCACCUCGGGAACAUUGGAACUCGGCGCUGGGGAGGCUCUGGACCUUGACCCGUCAAAGUCGCUUACCUGGUACGACCACCAGAUCAUAAAGGGUCCCCCGGAUGCCUUUACCUUUUUCGAGGUCCACUUCCCCGAUCCCAACAUAAGGGUGAGCGUCUGGGCGUACGAUUGGCCCGAAUCUUCGGACGAGUGGAGGUUUGCCACAGUACGACUUGGCGAGGAGACGACCAUGGUUCUACCUUUUACACUGGAGGAGCACUGGGAAGACUCGUGGUGGUCGUCUACAUCAAAUCGAACAUACCCUCAAAGCUGGAUGCUGAGAUUCGAUAACGGAGACUAUUUGCGGAUUAGAUCUGUACUCGGGGACCAAGAAAUUCAGCCAAACACCUGGACUGGUUUCGUCAAGGUUGAAAGGAGCAGGUUUUUGGGACAGACUACAGGCUAUGGAGUUGGCGAUUUGGUCUUUAUUUGA